AUGAGUCUCUACUAUGGACUGGGCGGCAUAGGGUCGUUUCUGACCGUUGUCCUAUUAUAUAUGCUCUUUACCGGUGAUGGCGAGUCCUUCAACGUCGGAGCUUUCCUCGAGAGCGUCUCACCCUUCGCAUGGGCUGAUCUGGGAAUUGCUCUCUGCAUCGGCUUAUCGGUAGCCGGCGCGGCUUGGGGCAUCUUCAUCACCGGCUCCUCCAUUCUUGGCGCAGCUGUCAAGGCUCCACGAAUCCGAACCAAGAACCUGAUUUCGAUUAUUUUCUGCGAAGUCGUUGCAAUUUAUGGCGUCAUCAUGGCCAUCGUCUUUUCCUCCAAGAUCGAAAACGUCUCUGGCCGCGACCUAUACUCCGCCGAUACCUACUAUACUGGAUUUGCUCUUUUCUGGGCAGGUCUUACUGUUGGCAUGUGCAACCUUGUCUGCGGUAUUGCCGUAGGCAUCAAUGGCAGUGGUGCGGCCCUCGCCGAUGCUGCCGACGCCACAUUGUUCGUCAAGAUUCUAGUCGUUGAGAUCUUCAGCUCCGUCCUCGGUCUCUUUGGUCUGAUCAUUGGCCUUCUUGUCGCGCAAAAGGCCCCCCAACUGGGCAAGACCGUUUGA